GAGCUCGUCGGCGGCCGUCGGCCAUCAGAUCCGUUUCGAUUCGAACCUCUCCGAGAAGACUCGAAUCCUGUUUGUGACGGAAGGCAUCCUGCUUCGAAGGUUGGAGUCUGAUCCGGAGGUCUCCGAGUUUGAUGUGAUCAUCGUCGACGAGGUGCACGAGCGGCACCUGGUCGUGGACUUUGUGCUGGGCAUUCUCAACGAAGUCGCCCGGCACCGCCGGCCGGACUUGAAGCUGGUACUGAUGUCUGCGACGCUGCAGAAGGACCUGUUCAUCCGAUAUUUCGACCUCCCCCCGGAGGCAGUUGUU